GAGUUGAAGUCAUAUACUUCUUUCCAUUUUAUGUGCUCUGCUCUUCAUCAUCUUCCUCUCGGUCUCCUCCCCAUUUUCUUUGAUAAAAAAUCCCAACAAAUACUUCCUUCAAGAUGAAGACCAAAUUUCUUUUGCUCCCUUCCCUACAGUUCCACAUGGAAAAAUGUAGCAUUGAUCAUUGGUGUUACUUAAAAGAGGCAGUAAUUGAUGGUGGUGUACCGUUUGAGAAGGCAUUUGGGAUGCCGGUGUUUGAGUACGCUAAGAAAGAUGAGAAAAUGAAUAACGUCUUGAAUAAAAUAAUGAGCAACAUCAGUUCCCUAGUCAUGAAAAAGGUUUUAGCAACUUACAAGGGAUUUGAGGGUUUAGAGCAGCUGGUAGAUGUUGGUGGUGGGGUGCGUACAACUCUUAAGUCGAUAGUCUCCAAGUAUCCCCAGAUAAAGGGUGUUAACUUUGAUUUGUCACGUGUUAUUAGGAAUGAGUCCCCUUUUCCAGGACUGACAUUUUUUCCCCGGCUGGAUGGUGCUAACCAGGGACGCAGCCAGGGGGUGCAAGGGGACACUCACCCCCCUGGACUUUUGAAAAAAAGUUAAAUAGGUCCUAUUCUUUUUUAAAAGUCAAAUAAACCUUUCUUAAAAAAAUAAAAUUGUGUUUUAUAA